GCAUUUCGUCAGAUGGCAGAAGACGUGUGAGUGUUAUAUGAAGGGUGACAAGGGAAGUGCAGCAGUCACGCAGUUAGACAACUCAAGAUACAGGAAUAGAGACUUUCACAAUGACCACAUACGCAAAGGAAAAAAUGAUCUACAUUUCAGUCGCGUUUUGGCUCAUUUUAGGGGUUGAAUGCUUUAUUGAGUCAAAUUAUAUCCUAACUAUUAAGCCUGGAGGAUCUGUCACCAUCCCAUGUCAUUAUGAUGAGAAAAACCCACCGCAGAAGAAAUACUGGUACUCGGAUAGGGAUCGAUCUAAUAUAUACACAAACACAACAGAGGAGAAUCUGUCAGUAAUUGAUCAUCCUGAUCAGAGUCUCUUUACUCUGACUAUGAGAAACCUGCAGAACAAAAACACUGGACGCUAUUGUUGUGUAGUGGAGACUGAUGGACAGGAGAGUACUAGAUUGGAUCUUUAUAUCAAAGUUCAGUCUGCUCCUGAUGUGUCUGUGAUGAACAGCAGUGUAUCUGGACGUGAAGGUGAUAAUGUCAGUGUCCAGUGUUUCUACACUUCUGGAUAUCAGGAUAAACACAAACAGUGGUGCAGAUAUAAAGAUCAGAGCUGUUACACAGUGGGGAGGACUGACAUAUCCCAGAAUUCAUCAGUCCAGAUCAGUGAUGAUGGGAGAAGCUCCUUCACUGUGUUGAUGACUGGACUGAGACUCAGUGAUUCUGGAUGGUACUUCUGCUCUGCUGGAGAGGCACUGAAUCCUGUUCAACUCACUGUAACCGAGACACAACCAGAAAUCGGAGACACAGACAAUAUGAGAGACUUAGUUCUUCCGAGUGUGUGGCUUCUAGUUUCAGCUGCUCUUCUGCUGCUGUUGAUUCUGCUCGCUGUUUUCACCUGGAGACAGAGACCCGAGCAAGAUAAACACCAAAACAGAGAGAGAAACGACAGCAUUGACGCAAUCUACUGUGAACCUCAAGAACCUGUGAUAUACAGCACUAUAAAUGAUGAAUUCUCACAUGAUGCCAACAAAAACAUAACCUACUCUACUAUUUGUGAUGUUCCUGGGAGUGAAGCAAAGCCUCCAGCAGGAGGAGGGAUAUACAGCACUGUGGCUCCACACUAACAGCAACUCGCUCUGCUGGACAGGAACUGAACCAUGGUCAACUCACAGUCACAUUCAUAUUACAGCUUUUCUCAAUUGCUUUGGCUAAAUGCUCGAAUUGUUGUGGAAGAGCAAUAAGAGGAAUGUGUGGUAUAGUGUAAAAAUGCAACUAUGAAUUUUCAGUUUACAUAAAUUAUAUAACACAUAAAUACAAAAAUAGAUGUACUGUAUAAAUACAAAGGUUAAUUGUCUUAACCUUUUGAUUGUUAAUUGGUUAAUUUGUUAAUGUAUUGAUUUUACCAUACUGUCUGAAUCUGUACAGUUUUUAUUUUUUAUUAUUAUUAUUUUUUUUUUACAAUUGCUAACAAUCGUUUACCAAUACUUAAGAAGGGUAGUUCACUUUAAAAUGAAAAUUAGCCCAUGAUUUACUCACCCUCAAGCCAUCCUGGGUGUAUAUGACACUCUUUUAUAUUAAAAAGAGUUAUAUUAUAGAGUUAUAUUAAAAAAACACUCUGACGCUUCCAAGCUUUAUAAUGGCAGUUUGCAACCAUCAGUUUUGAAGCUUAAAAAAGUGCAUCCAUCCAUCAUAAACAAACUCCACACGGCUCCAGGUGUUAAUAAAGGCCUUUUGAGGCAAGGCGAUGAGUUUGUGUAAAAAAAUAAUUCAUAUUUAACGUUACAGAGUAAAGUUCUAGCUUCUGGCCAAACGAAUAUACAGAGUGUACUUGCGUCUAAAGCGUAACUUAUGCAACUUAUGGCGUCAAAAGUAGCGUAGUGCGUCAUGACAGUACGUCUCAUACUCGCAUAAGUUACACUUUACACUUAAGUCAAAUCCAUGUUUGUUUGAUGAGUUAUUUUACUUUAUAAAGUUUUAAUGGAUAUUUUUCUCACACGAACACAUCGCUUCGCUUCAGAAGGCCUUUAUUAACCCGCCAGAGCCGUGUGGAGCACUGUUAUCAUGGAUGGAUGCACUUUGAUGGACUUCAAAGUUUGGAAGAGCCAGGACAUUUUUAAUAUAACUCAGAUUGUAUUCAUCUCAUAUAAACAUAGGAUGGCUAGUAAAUCAUGGGGUAAUUUUCAGUUCAUUGCAUUUUGAUGUUCACGUCAUGUAUUUGUACUCAAUAUGUAAUGACGUGUAGAUACAGAUUUUGGAAAAAUACAAUUUUUUAUAUUGAAAUAAAUGAUAAACUCUG